AUGGUGAGUGAUUUGAAAAAAGUUUGCCUCGAGAAAGCUUCUAGCUUCCGUCCAACAAUAGAUAGACCAUUUUUUAACAUCUAUCUGUGGGACUAUUUCAACCGUGCGGUUGACUGGGCCACUGGAGGCAGCUUCCAACCUGAAAAUUUCGAAUUUGCCGUUGGAAAGCAACCUUUAAGUGAGCCCCGUCCCGUACUUCUCUUCAUUGCGGCGUACUACGUGGUUAUCUUCGGUGGGAGGUCUCUAUUAAAAUCAUACAAGCCUCUCAAGCUGACAUUCAUUUCUCAGAUUCACAAUUUGAUGCUGACUUCUGUUUCCUUUUUGUGGUUGGUGUUGAUGUUGGAGCAGAUGGUGCCCAUAGUGUACCGGCACGGGUUGUACUUCGCGAUUUGUAAUGUUAGAUCUUGGACCCAGCCAAUGGAAACGUUGUAUUAUUUUAAUUACAUGACCAAGUUUGUAGAGUUCGCAGACACUGUUCUGAUGGUUUUGAAGCACAGGAGAUUGACUUUUCUACAUACGUAUCAUCACGGUGCUACGGCUUUACUGUGUUACAACCAAUUGGUCGGCUAUACAGCGGUUACAUGGGUCCCUGUCACUUUAAACCUGGCCGUUCACGUUCUUAUGUAUUGGUACUAUUUCCUUUCCGCCAGCGGAAUACGUGUAUGGUGGAAGGCCUGGGUGACAAGAUUGCAAAUUGUGCAGUUCAUGCUGGACUUGGUUGUCAUUUACUUCGUACUUUACCAAAAGAUUGUUGCUGCUUAUUUCAGGAACACUAGUCUGCCCUACUGCGGGGAUUGCCUGGGUUCCAUGACUGCUAUCUCUGCCGGUGCAGCCAUUCUAACAUCUUAUCUGUUUUUGUUCAUCUCCUUCUACAUUGAAGUUUACAAAGGUAGUGGUGUUAGCGGUAAGAAGAAAAUCAACAAAAUGAACUAA